CGUUUUCUGCUAACAUCUGUCUUUUAGUGUCAGACGGUAAGCCACACUGUUUGUGUGAGGCAUUUGACGGUUUCAUAACAUUGGCUUUAUAAAGUAGCCAUGGUGAAUCAAAUGGAAGAAUCUCCUGAAAUGUCUGAUUUACAGAGUACUGAAAGUAUAGGGGAAGCUGCUAUUAUUUUGAUUUCCAUUGGAUCUGUCUUAGUUAUUCUGUGUGCUGCUUCCAUCAUCUAUGGUCUUCGUCGGAGAAGACAUAUUUUAGCUUCGCUGGGAGGUGCACCACCAGCAGCAGAUGAGAAUAUCCACAACCCAACCGACUUCAUGAACAAGCUAGCUACUUGGGACCGCAGUCAUUCGAUUGACGAAAUACUGGAAAAGCGCCGACGAUCUGUUUGGACUUUGGAGAUUUUUGAAAACUAUGGCACCAGUGAAGAGAAAAUGGAAAAGCAAUUUAAUUCGGACUCGUGAAAUUCCACGAUAGUGGUCAAGGAGCAUUCCACGUUGAUUUACAGCCAGAACAAAGCUCAUUGAUACUGCUGGAUAAUGAUUCCCUCUGGAGAUAUGCAUAUUUUAAAGUUCUACUUAACAUAUUAGUGCAGCUGAUGUGUUUCAAAUCAUUCACCAAGAUCUUAGUCUCAGCAAUGCAAGUUGAGAUAUUUCACAUCUUAUUCAUGACUGUUGAACCACAAACGAAUUUUAAAGUAUUGUUUACAUAACCUUAUAUAAGUAAUAUGUAUAUGAAACAUACAGGAAUUUGGAGAACUAAACUAUUUGUGGAAUGCCACUUAUGUUUUAGUUCUCUUCCUUUAUGUGCUUAUUGAAACUGUUGACUUUUAACUUGCUUUUCGACAUUUCCUUUGUGUAAAUCUAAUUUAAACCCCUUAAUAUUUCUAAAGAAUGACAAAUGCUUUCAAUCUCAGUUUAUUUGUAUUCUCAUUCAGGUUAUGACAUGGAUGGACAUUGCUGUACUUUCAAGCUGCACAAGUGCAUACGGAUUUCUUUUUCAUUAUUAUUAUUAUAAAUUGUGGACUUAUGUUUGAGUCUCGACAACAGAUGUUUUUUUAAAAAAAAAUCUGUAUUUAAUUUAAAUAUUUGUAAAUUGCUGAAAUGUUUGUGUAAUGUACUGUGCACUAUAAUGUACUUACAACUAAGGAAUAUUUGUCUCUAAAAAAAUGAGCUGUUAAAUUUUUAAAUAUGUAUCUAUGUACUACUUAAAAUGAGUUGCCAAAUGCAAAUUGUGAGCACAAUUAUAUGAACUUUCUACUCAGUCAUUUCAACUACUCUAGCAUUACAAGAGAUUAAAAGUAUUAUGUGUAAUUCAUUUCAACGCUUUAUACAUUCGUCUUUUGUCUGUUAUAUAUCUUUUUCUAAAAGAAAACAUGAAAUACUUAAAUUUGUGAAAUUGCCUACUAUAUAAUGUAUUUACAUUAAGAAUGAUUAAUUAUGUAUAUAAGUGUUUUAUGAAAUAAAUUUGAAAUUCUUUAUUGAC